AUGAACCACCCCGUAACAGUCGGGUUAACCCAAACCUCAGUCGUGUUCCUAGGGAGACUGCAGGAUACCCUGCGCCUAUCAGAUGAAACUCUAUUAGCAUCUAAGCGAAAGCUACUCUUGGAUGCUUUAAAGUAUGAGGGGAUGGAGGAUCGAUUCUAUUAUGUGGAGCUCGCCCACGCGACGACCCUUGAAUGGAUUCUUAAGGACGACCCUGGUCACGAUAAUGCAUCCGCGGGGGAUCUUAAUGAAAGAAAGAUGGGCCGUUCGAAUCAUCAGGUAACUAAUUUCAAAAAGACGGUUCGAGAGCAUUUCACCAACUGGCUCCAAUAUGGAAAUGAUAUAUUUCACAUAUCCGUUCUUUCCACUGCCCCAGAGCCGAUCCCUAUCGCAUUUACCUCUCUCUGGGCACAAACCAAUUCGUAUGGAACUGGUGGGGUCCAACUAGAGUUGAGCGAAAUUGAGCAUGCAUUUGAAAAUCUCUUAACGAGCGAAGCAACGUUCAAAAAACACAAGUUGGUGUUCUUCGUUGACGGCCUAGAUGAGUAUCAAGGUCGCCACGUCGAGCUCGUCAGCAAGCUUAUUAGCUGGACAUCUCUAAAUGCCGAGAAUCUCAAGAUAUGUGUUUCUAGCAGAGAAUGGAACGAGUUCAUGGUUGGAUUUUCCGAAUGCCCUCAAUUGCGCAUACAUGAUUGUACACAUCAGGAUAUCACCACGCUUGUAAGUGAUCGUCUCGAGGAUAUUUCACAUUUUCCGACAUUGGUCGAUCGCGAAGACAUGAGAUCUAUUGUCGAGAAAAUUGUGAAUAAAGCGGAAGGAGUCUUUCUCUGGGUACGACUUGUACUCACCGCCGUCGAGGAUGGUAUACUCAAUGGUGAUGGCCCCUCAGAUCUCAAAUCAAAAAUCGACACAUUCCCAAAGGAUGAUCUCAUAAAGGAAACCAUCGAUCGUACCGUGGGACAUAUCGACUUUUUCGAUCGCACCUGUCAGACCUUCUUCGCAUCUACUAAGUUCGCCGAGCAAUUUUGGUACUUCCAUGGCGAAAAGAAGUAUUUCGGCCCCUUUUUUGAUCGGGAGCUAGGCUCUAUUUUGUGCUUUGCCGCUUUUAAGACGCCUGUCUUCCUUUCUGAUGGUGGAACACACCAGCAUCAUGAUCGUUUCCUUGAAGUCUUAACCGAGCUCGAAAUACCUAGUAGCUGCGAUAAGAUCACAGUCAAAGCCAAUAUGGAACUACUCGUCCAUUAG